AUGUUGAAGCUCACGGCGCUCGUUGCGCUCUUGCUGGGCGCGGCGUCUGCUACGCCGACUCCUAGCCCUCCGGCAAGCGAUGAGGGCAUCACCAAGCGUGCCACCAGCUUCUAUUACCCCAACAUGGACCAUGUCAAUGCGCCCAGGGGUUUCGCUCCUGACCUGGACGGCGACUUCAACUACCCCAUCUAUCAGACUGUCAACUCAGGAGAUGGAAAUGCUCUCCAGAAUGCUAUCAACACUGAUGGAAAGGGUGGCUCUCGUCAUCCACAGUGGUUUGCCUCACAGCCACGAGUUGUUUACAUUCCUCCAGGGACAUAUACCAUCUCCAAGACUCUGAGAUUCAACACUGAUACCAUUUUAAUGGGCGACCCAACUAAUCCUCCCAUUAUUAAGGCUGCUGCCGGUUUCUCAGGCGAUCAGACUCUUAUCAGCGCUCAAGACCCCUCCACCAACGAGAAGGGAGAGCUUUCUUUCGCCGUAGCUAUUAAGAAUUUGGUAUUGGACACUACAGCUAUACCAGGUGGAAAUUCAUUUACUGCCUUAUGGUGGGGUGUUGCUCAAGCUGCGCAUCUGCAGAAUGUACGCAUUACUAUGAGUUCCUCCUCGGGCGGAAACGGCCAUACCGGCAUCCGGAUGGGUCGCGGCUCAACACUCGGCCUCGCCGACGUUCGCGUUGAACGCGGCCAGAACGGCAUGCUCAUCAGCGGUGGCAAUACCUUCAGCAUUUUCUCGUCAACCUUCGACACCUGUGGAACCGGCAUUUCAAACACUGGAGGUUCGCCCUGGAUCGCCCUGAUUGAUGCAAAGUCAAUCAAUUCCGGUGUUACUUUCACAACUACCCAGUUCCCUUCAUUUAUGAUUGAGAAUUUGACAAAAGAUAAUGGCACACCUGUCGUUGUUGCCCGAGGCUCAACUUUGGUUGGCGCUUCUAGCCAUGUCAACACUUACUCUUACGGCAACACCGUGGGCAGAAACCCUACUUACGGCGAUGUUACGUCUAGUAAUACGAGACCUGGUGCUCUUGCCCCUGGUGGUCGUUACCCUUAUGUGGCUCCCCCUACUUAUGGAGAUCUGCCCAUCUCGAGCUUUCUCAACGUCAAGGACCCAGCGCAGAACGGCGGGAGGACGGUCAAAGGUGAUAACACGAUUGAUGAAGCACCGGCCCUUAAUGCCAUCCUGGAACUUGCAGCAAGCCAGAAUAAGGUUGCUUAUUUUCCUUUUGGCAAGUAUCGGGUGGAUUCCACUCUUUUUAUCCCUAAGGGUUCCCGCAUCGUGGGUGAGGCUUGGGCCACCAUCACUGGUAACGGCAACUUUUUCAAGAACGAAAACAGCCCACAACCCGUGGUCUCAGUUGGCCGUGCAGGCGAUGUUGGAAUUGCACAGAUUCAAGACAUGCGUUUUACCGUUAAUGACGUUCUUUCAGGAGCCAUUGUCGUUCAGUUCAAUAUGGCUGGCAACAACCCUGGUGAUGUUGCUCUUUGGAACUCUUUGGUCACUGUUGGUGGCACACGAGGUGCUUCAGCCUUGGCUAAUGCUUGUACCAACAAUAGCAAUGAAUGUAAGGGUGCUUUCAUUGGUAUCCACGUGGCAAAGGGAUCAUCUCCUUACAUCCAAAACGUUUGGAACUGGGUUGCGGAUCACAUCGCUGAGAACUUCAGUGGCGGCACCUCGAUUGCAGGAAAAGGUGGUAUUUUGGUUCAGUCAACGAAAGCAACUUGGCUUUAUGCGAUAGGAAGUGAGCAUUGGUGGUUGUACCAACUCAAUCUUCACAAUGCUGCCAACGUUGUUGUGUCUCUGCUCCAGGCGGAGACCAACUACCACCAAGGCGCCAACACGCAGCAGAUUCCUCCCGCUCCUUGGGUUGCAAAUAUUGGUACUUGGGGCGACCCUGAUUUCGCUUGGUGCAACGGUGGUGAUAAAAGAUGCCGUAUGGGCCCUGCAAACUUCAUCAACGGAGGUUCCAACAUCUACACAUAUGCCUCCGCGGCAUGGGCUUUCUUCAGCGGCCCUGGCCAGGGCUGCGCUCAAUUCGAAUGUCAACAAACCAUGCACUGGAUUGCCAGCACCCCCAGCAACCUUCAGGCUUUCGGACUCUGCUCCAAGGAUUCCGUCAACACACUGCGUCUGGGCGACGGCACAUUUAUCAACACCCAGAAUGGAUACACUGGCGGCUGGACUCCCGGCGGUGGUGAUGUUGGCCGUUAUACUACUUAA